UGUAACAAUUGUUUCUGCAAAUGAGGUGCAUUCAGGGUAAGGAAGAAGAGCUUUUUUUAGUUUAGCUUAUUUUCUUAAUAAAACGUCUACAGUAGCUAACAGUCAGCUAAUCAAAGACUUUUCAUCACAGGUGUGAGACGAAACCAUGAAAAAAGUCUGUUUUUUUAAUGCAGAAACUCUUGUCCCAAAAGGAAGACAGAAAGGUGAUAGAAAAUUCAAAUGAAUGCGAACAAUAUUAUAGUAAAUGGAUCUGAAUACGCACCUCAAAGUGUGAUUGCAUUGAUUUAGAUGUCUACCUGUAUUCAAUGAAUUGUACCACCAGACUAUACUUGUCGGAAGCAAUUUACAAAUUACACCCAAAGAUAAGAAAGCCAUCUUGGAAAGUUUCGGACAUUUUCUUAACUUUUGACUUGUUUAAACCAAGGGUGUUUUAAUAAUUAUUUAAUUAUUAUGAAUGAUUACAAUAUUACAAGGUCCUUGCAUUUCAAUAGCACUUUCCAACCUAAAGGAUCCCAAAUCCCAAACACAGCAGAUCAGAAGAUAAGAAAGAAGGUUACAAAGGUCUUUGCCAUUUUAAGCUUCACAACUUAGAUUCGUACUUGUGAAUCUGUAUCCACCGGAGAGUUCUGAUCCUGUGCUGAAUAGAUUAACAGCAGAUACACAGAAUCUUGUUUCAAGACUCUCGUGUAAUCUGAUAAAUCAAAUAUUUAAACCCCGCUUACAAACUGUAGCCUGCUCUUGGUUUUGCGAUGCUGGGACACGGCUUUAUUGUACUGUGCUGGACAGCGUGGCCAGUUUGACUGAAACGUGUGUAUGAACCUCCUCAGCGGGAGUAUGGCCAUUUGUAAACCGAAUAGAUCCGUUCUGAGGUAAUGUCUGCUAGUGUCAUAAGAAAAUACGUGCUUUGGUAAAAUAGAUCACGAUUCCAAAGAGAACAGUUUUGCAUCCUUCGGGAGUUUCGUGCAGGUCUUCCUCACACUUAUUGUUUUCGCUCGCCUGAACAACAGGAGCAUGCUAACAUGCUUCUGGCUGUUUGAAGCUUAAUAGAAAAUCAGUUCUGCAGAACAGCUCGCACAGGUAUAGAUUUAUACUAUAGACAUUCUUCAUCGUCUUGCACUGUAGGCUGAGCGAAUGUGUUACAGGAUGCAUGUUGUUGCGGGUCUGGGAACGCGAUUGCAUGCGAAGAAUAAAGAUAAGAAUGCAAAUCGGACACUAACAGGAAACGACAAAAAACAAGAGGUGCAAGAUUAAAAGAUUUAAAAAAGGGGGGCUGCCAUGCUUAUGAUGUGCUCCUAAAAAGGGUCAAACGAUGCGCGCGGAAGCCUCUUCACAUUCACUCAUAUCUCUGAUCAGAUAACCGUCUUCUCAGAUUCGUAUCAGAGUACGUUUGUCAUUUGGUUAUACAGGAUGUGAAUGCAAGCCACUGUUACUGUCCGCUGUCAGUCAGUGGGAUCAGGUAGCUUCUGUGUGAGUCAGGAGUUCACACACGGUGCUAAUGUGCACUGCUGCGUCCUACUGCAGAUCUCUGCAGCUGUUAGCCCAGAACUGGUGAGUAAGCAUAAUCCACACUGUAGCACGGCUGCUGGGUAGCUGUGCAGACAGCAAUCCAGGAAACAAAGAAGCUGUUACAGCCUUAGGUGUUGCAGGGCCAGAGGGAAUCCUUCCGAUGUUCUUAAUAAUGUAUACGUUGUGGUGCGCUCUUAGACAGCUGCCACCUUUAAUGACGCAUCACCCUGCGUCUCUCCGUCUUGAUUUUCACAUCGGUGUAUCGCAAGCUUGCAGCCAUGUUGCUGAAGAGAGCUCGGUGCAGGAAUAACAAGGUUCGCCUCUAGUUGCUGUGUACAGCACAGCGGUGGGCACAGAACCUACUGACGACCAUCUCCUCGCAGGCAGGCAGUGGAUUCGAGUCGCCUUGUGUUACAUGUUCGAUUUUCCCCGCACCCCUAGGUUCUCCUAGGAUAGAAAACUGGAAGGGCUUUGUAAUUGCACGUGUUUGUAAAAAACAAAAACGACGACGGAGGCACAUGACUUCCAGCGUAAAAUGCUGAGGCUUGUAGCACAUUGUAAUUGAUCAAAAACUGCUUCCCAACUCUAUGAAUCGCGACGUUUUUGAUGUGACCUGCAAGUGAACGGUGCUUAGUUUCCCCCCACACACACACACACCAAAAAAACAUUGUUCAAGUCAAACGGGAAGUAAAAGAAACGGGGGGAGAGAGACACUUUCAUCACCCUGCUCGUCCCUGAUUCUUCUUUUCUAGAAAGUAGAAAGGGGGACCGCUCUUCCCCUUCCCGUGCGCCUCUGACGUGGGCGUUGGAGGUCGAGGGAAAACCCCAGCCUCCAUGGGUCACCUCUACAUCUGCAUCUCUACAUUUCUGUAACAACGCGGAUUCUCACGGCUGAGGCGCCUCUUUAAAAAAAAAAAAACAAAUAAAAAAACUGAGACGAUAUUUUUACUUUGAUAAAUAAAUCAUAUCACCCUUAAUCCCCCAGGCAGUCUGGGCUCACUUCAUUAUUCUAGGCUGCUGUUGAGCUUUGAAGAGGUGUCCUACUGAAUGAGCCGCCAGUCCCAGCGAUCAGUGCCACAGAUAAGCUCUUUCACGGGGAAUAACUUCUCCUUACUGCCUAACAUGAGACUCGCUCCGGAGCGCUCUCAGCCUGCACGCAGCCCGCUGCCACCAGGAUGAGCCACGGCAACCUUCACUUCACUUUCACGUUCAUUUAACCCCCCCCCGACCCGACCCGCUCCCCCCCCCCUUCCCCAGUCUUGCCUCUGCACCGAAACCCAUGCAACCCUGACCCGCGGUACCGCACUCCCUUGUCCCGGCUUCACCAGCCACUGGCUCCCCGCGCGGAAGCGAGCAUGCCCGAGACAGGAGCGGCGGCGGCGGCGGCGGCAGCCUCAGGCAGCACCGCGGACACAGAGAGCUCACGGCACAGACACCGAGCGCAGGCGGAGGGGGAGAAGACUGACCCCGCUGCUGCUUCCUCCGGGGUCCUGGACAAGCUGUUUGGGAAGAAGCUCCUGCAGGCUGGCCGUUACAUCAUGUCCCACAAAUCCUGGAUGAGGACUGUACCCACGGAGAACUGUGACGUCUUAAUGACUUUUGCAGACACCACGGAUGACCACACGCUGCUAUGGCUACUGAACCACAUUCGGCUGGGGAUCCCGGAGCUCAUCAUCCAGGUUCGACACCACAAGCACACGCGCGUCUACGCCUUCUUCGUCACGGCAACCUAUGAGAAUUUGCUGCGCGGCGCAGAGGAGGUUGGGCUGCGCAAGGCCGUCAAACCGGAGUUCGGCGGGGGGGCACGCUGCUUCUCCUGUGAGGAGGACUACAUCUACGAGAACAUCGAGAGCGAGCUGUGCUUCUUCACCUCGCAGGAACGUCAGAGUAUCAUCAAGUACUGGCUGGACAACCUGAGAGCCAAGCAAGGAGAAGCCCUGCACAACAUCCACUUCCUGGAGGGGCAGCCAAUCAUCCCGGAGCUGAGUGCGAGGGGCGUCAUCCAGCAGGUGUUCCCCCUCCACGAGCAGAGGAUCCUCAGUCAGCUGAUGAAGUCCUGGGUGCAGGCAGUCUGCGAGAAACAGCCCCUGGACGAUAUCUGUGAUUACUUUGGGGUGAAGAUUGCCAUGUAUUUCGCCUGGUUGGGCUUCUACACCACCUCCAUGCUUUACCCAGCUGUGAUUGGCUUUGUGCUGUGGAUGCUAACGGAGUCAGACCAGACGAGCCGUGACAUCUGCAGUGUGGUGUUCGCCCUCUUCAACGUCGUCUGGGCCACUCUCUUCCUGGAGAGGUGGAAACGCAGGGGGGCAGAGCUCGCUUACAAGUGGGGGACGCUGGACACGCCUGCAGAGUCCCUAGAGGAGCCCCGCCCACAGUUCAGGGGAGUGAAACGCUGCAGCCCAGUGACAGGCUGUGAGGAAUUCUACUACCCUCCCUGGAAGAGGAUGGUGUUCCAGUAUCUGGUCAGCCUACCAGUCUGCCUCUUCUGCCUCUGCUUUGUCUUCCUGGCUAUGCUCAUCUGCUUCGAACUGCAGGAGUUUGUGAUGGGGGUCAAGGAGCUUCCUCGUUUUGCCAGGUUCAUUCCCAAGAUUAUGCUGGCCGUCACUGUGACUGCCUGUGAUGAGGUGUACAGGAAGAUCGCCUGCUGGCUCAACGAUAUGGAAAACUACCGACUCCAGAGUGCCUAUGAGAAAAAUCUCAUAAUUAAAAUUGUUCUAUUUCAGUUUGUAAAUUCUUACCUUAGCCUUUUCUACAUUGGAUUCUACCUCAAAGACAUGGAGCGCCUGAAAGAGAUGCUGGCCACUCUACUCAUCAUUCGCCAGUUCCUCCAGAACAUCAAAGAGGUGCUGCAGCCUUAUCUUUAUGAGAGGCACAAGCUGGGAGAGCUCACGCUGAGGGCCGUGUGGGACCUCGUCCUGUCUGCCUUGCUCAAGUAUGGGCGUCUGGCCGCAGGAAAGGCCCAGGCUUCGCCCUCGGAACAGGCCCCGCCGGGUCAGGGCCUGGGGCCGCAGAGCGGGCCGGUGAGUGAGAAGAAAGAGAAGAAGUGUCUGAACGGGGGCUGCGGCGUGCCGGAGGAGGAGGAGGAGGAAGAGGAGAGGCAGAGCGAGGGAGAGAAUGAAGAAGAGAGCCUCAUAGACUGCGGCUUGAAGCUGCGGAAGGUCAGCUUCAUUGAGAAGGUGGACCGCAAGGCUGGGGCCAUAGUGACACAGGUAGAUGACAGCUUCCUGGAGGAAGGGAGCCCCACUAUGGUGGAGAAGGGCAUGGAUCCUUCCUCCGUGUUCGAGAUGUGUGAUGAUGAUGAUGACAAUGGGGGACCCGAGACCAGGGAGACGCCGGGGGAGCCCCAGAUCACCGCGCCCCUAGCGGCUGCGCCUGAGAGCACCAUCUCAUUUCGGAACAGGAAGAGGGGCCAGGGCGCCGAGAGGGAGGAGAGCAAGAGCAAGAGGGAGUCCUGGAUCGACCCCCCAGAGGAGAACUACUCCACCCCCCUCACUCAGGCUGAGAUCGAGAGCUGUAUGAAGAAGUACGAGGACACCUUCCAGGACUACCAGGAGAUGUUCAUCCAGUUCGGCUACGUGGUGCUGUUCUCCUCCGCCUUCCCGCUGGCGGCCAUGUGCGCCCUCAUCAACAACAUCAUCGAGAUCCGCAGCGACGCCUUCAAGCUGUGCACCGGCCUGCAGCGGCCCCUUGGCCAGCGCGUGGAGAGCAUCGGCCAGUGGCAGAACGUGAUGGAGGCCAUGGGCCUGAUCGCCAUCAUCGUGAACUGCUACCUGAUUGGUCAGUGUGGACAGCUGCAGCGCCUCUUCCCCUGGCUGAGUCCCGAGAUGGCCAUCAUCUCCAUUGUCAUCCUGGAGCACUUCGCUAUGCUCCUGAAGUACAUCAUCCACAUCGCCAUUCCUGACAUCCCCUCCUGGGUGGCCGACGAGAUGGCGAAACUGGAAUACCAGCGAAGGGAGGCGUUCAAGAAGCACGAGCGCCAGGCCCAGCAGCACUACCAGCAGCAGCAGAGGAGGAAGAGGGAGGAGGAGGAGCGGCAGCGGCAGGCGGAGUACCAGGCCCGGCGGGAGAGGGAGCGGGACGAGGGGAGGCCCGAGCCCGCGGGCGGCGCCGAGCACCACCACGACAAGGGCCACGGGGGCAAGACACGCCCCGGCGGGGGGGGCCAGGGUUCGGACAAGCCCAAGCGGCCCAGCUCCCUGCUGGCCAACAACAACGUCAUGAAGCUCAAGCAGAUCAUCCCCCUGCAGAGCAAGUUCGCGUCGGGCACCGCGCGCUCGCCGCAGUCGCCCACGGGCAGCGAGCCCAAGCUGCCCGGCUUCCUGAGCUUUAAGUUCCUCAAAUCCCCCGAGACCAAGAAGGAGGCAGCGGCCGCCGCCGCCGCCGCCGCCGGCCAGGAAAGGUCUCAGUCCCCAACCAAGUCCUUCAACCCAGGGAAACUCUUUAACUUCGGCAAAUCGGAAGGGGGCGCCGCCAUCUGCGUCAAUGGAGCCCAGGCCAGGUCCACGGACACCCCCCCAGAGAAACUGCCCACCAAAUCUGACCUGAACGGGGCGCCGGACGAGCUGCCCUCUGGAGACGGGGAGAACGGCCACUCCACGGACUCGGAAUCCGCCGGCCCCAAGAUCUAAGGCCGCCCGUGGACGCAUCUCGUUUCGUUUUGUUUUGUUAAAAACUCAGUUGAGACAAUAGCGAGGAAGAAUCCCAGCUCUUUUCCAGCCAGCUCUAGCAGCGAGGUCAGUGGGCCAGUCAGAAGAUGGUCAGUGAUUGGUCAGCCUGCUAGGAUGCAGAAGGCCCUACCAAAAAGAUAAUGCCCCCGCCCCCCCCCGUCCUCACUGUCACUGUCCUGCGACACGAGGAGGAAUGCAUGACCUGCGUUUCCUAUAGUUCACAAGCCGUUUGGAAAAGCAAAGCCGGAAGGGGAUGUGAGUGUCCUGCAGACUGCAGGGUGCUAGCGUCUCUCCCUGGCCUGCUGCAGGAAAGGAGCUCCAGUUGAAAAUGCUGAUGUCUUAGCAAAGAGAUGAAGGCUCAGGAAAUGCUGAAUCUCAGUUGCAAUUAAUAUUACUAAUACAAUUAAUAUUUGGAAUUAAUAUUACUGUGACUGAGUAAAUCUAAAAUGUUCUGUAUAAAAAUAAAGGUUGGACACCAAAAAUUACUAAGAAUAAAGCUUAGAGCACUGUUGUUGGAAAUAGACCCAUCCAUAUUUAAUGUGCAGAUUUUGGAGGAUGUUAAACAAUAUUAUAAUUGGAAAGUUUUCAUUUUUUUCUCCCAGAUCUUUGACAGCAGCAUUCUUCAAUAGGAAAGCAACAGAAUGAGUGAAGACGGUUUUUCUCAGCCCUUCUCUGGAACUACAAAAUUGGGACUGAUUGUCAGACUGAAGAAGUAGUUAGCAAAUCUGCAGUAUCAAAUGAGUUAUACAGGUAUAUAAUCUUUAUGAAUAUCUUAAAAAACCAUAUUCAUGUGUUCUAAGAAUGAAAGGCUUGUUAUGGUCCCAAACCUAGAACCUGGGGACUUUAGACAUCAGCUUUUUGUAACUGGGCACGGUUUGGGCAGAGCAGCGAGGUGAACUGGACUCCUCCACAUUGAGCAGUGUGUCUGUGUGACUUCCACUCAGUCCCAGUGUUGAAAGAGGGAGAGUGCCUGUGAUGCAGGAGACUGGGACUUGCUCGCUGUGUGGGGGGGGGGUCAGAUGACUACACUGGUCAUGCAGGUUUUGGAACGGGAAAGUGUGCUGACGAUAUUGUCUUUCCUGCAACAAAACGGAGGCAUUUGUAGUCUUAUUGUUGCUGGAACUCCUUAGUUAAUAGAGUUAAAAAUCAGGUAGUUGAAUGAUGUGAACUUAAAAUUGAAAACAACUGUAGGAGCUUCACAAGAGCCUUGAAAGAGGUCCACAUAGGACCACAACUAAGUUUGGGUCAGCUGUUGGUAUGGCAACAAACAGGGACCAUGUCAAACCAUGGAGUGUUUGAACCCUGGGUGUCUUAACUCUUGCACGCAUUGAAUUCUUCCUGGUUGAAGCUCGGAUAUUGUCCGGUAUAAACCAGUUGGGGCAUAAGCAAGGUUGAGGGUGUGGGAUUGGAUUGAGCCGUAGGAGGUUUCCAUAGGUACCGCUAUUAUUUCCUGCAUUUUGCUUGCAAAGACAGGUGGGAGUGGGAGUUCCAUUUUCAUGCAUGGCUCAAAGAAAAAAAAACGAUUGCACUAACCACUCACCCUGCUAGCAGAGGGAGAGGUUUAGAAUAUACCAGCAGGGGGAAACACCAGCCUGCCUCAUCAUGUAUGCAAAAGCUGGAAAAAUCUUAAUGUUUUUUUGUCUUGGACAUUGUGAUCAAUUAGAAAAGAAAUCAUUGUUUUGACAUCUCGGUGCUGGGAUUAUUUAUGAAUUCUGUUUUUAGGCAAUUUAAUUUAUUGUGUGAACAUUCUUUCAAUCAGUGAUUUGCCAAAGCAAGACCAAAACCAGGAAUCCGGUAGGGAUUUUUAAAUUAAGUACAGAGCCAUAAAUCUGUGUGUAUAGCUUCAAGGAAAAAGCAUGGGGCCAUUAUGUAAGAUUUUUACCAUUUCUGAAGUUCUGUUGGAUUCAAUAGUAUCCUCUCUUCUCCCUGUAGAAAUUUCUAGAAGGGGAUUUUGAAGUCUGAGAAGCAAGUCUUGAGGCUUUCUCUGUAUGGAAUAUGUUAGAUUUUAUAUUUAUUUGUUGUGUUGUUUUUAAUUUUUACAUAAGGGGUGAAAGGGGACAAUGUUUUUAACCAGGAGCAGUUUGGGAUUUGUCCAGGUGGUGGCGCCAAGUUACAAUUUUAAAUCUUCUGCUUUUAAACCUUAAGGAUGCACCUGGAAGAUUUCAAAGCCAGGCACGGGGAGAGAAGGAGGUCUGUCCGUGGUCUGUUGUAAGUGCGGAAAUUUUAAAGAAGCUGCUGUCAUUCAAGGUGGCUGCAGAGCUGUUGAGCAUGGGCCAAGCAAGGCCAAGGCAGCUCAAUCUGACAUAGUUUUCAGUAGCACUGGUUAAGAAAACUAACCAGCUGUAUAAUAAAAAGCAUUCUCUCUCCUUUAAUCUCAUUAAGACCAUUGUGAAAUUUCUAUCUGAACUAUGCACUACCAGUCUUGCCCAUUGAAGGAAUUUGUGUUAAUAACAUUUGCAAUAAUAAUAGUAAAACACAUACAGACGUAUGACGUACUGUACUUUGCAUGAGCAGGAGCUAUUUCGGUACUGUACCACCUCUGUUAGGUAAUGCAGACACAGGAAGGGCACAUCACUUGUGUCUCCACUGGAGCAGGAGACUAAACGCCUGGUCACAGGGAGUCACAGUGUCUUGUGGUUUUUGUUACAGCUGAGCUCUGACUGACUUCAUGGGAUCGAUCAGCUUUCCAGAUCUCUGCCUGUCUACCAUUUAGAGUCCUGGAGAGUUUUCUCUCCCAUCUCUUCGAGUCCGACCAGAAGGUGUUUUAGUGUCGUUGGCAGGAACGACAAGGUCUUUGAGUGCUGGAGCCCUUUGUUUUGGUAGACAGCAGUGCUGAUUAUGUGAAAAUCAAAGGAGAAACUAUAAAAUUGAUGAGCUGGAAAAGUGUUCUGCUUCUGUACAACAGGAUUUGCCAAACGUAUUCAUUCUUUCCUUGUAGUUCCUGGUCUUAAUACUAUGAAAAUUCAAGUGCAUUCCUUUUUUUAACCAUUGUAUGAUUACAGCCAAAACAAUUUAUACCCACUAAGCUGUUUUGCUUUGGUACAUCGGAAAAAUUACAAAUGAGAGGAGGCACAUUGCCCCAUUGAGAUAAUUUAGUUCCAUUGUUCUAUCGUCCCAUAGCCAGUACUAGCUGCAGUAGCAACAACCAACUUGGACAUGAAUUCUCCCAUAUUAGAUGAUUUAAGAGAUGCCAAUUAACCUAGCCAACUUGCCGCCUUCUUUUGCUGAUGAGAAAGACACACAAACGUACAGAUCAUACAAACUCCACAAGUAUAAAGUGAAUCUAGGACCCACGAGUUGUGAUGCAGAAGCAACUAAUGUCUAACUGAUGUCUACAAUUUCCAGAAAUCAGAGGCAUUGACUGGCAUCUGAUUUUUUGAAGACCACAAUUCCUGCAGUAGUUUCCAGUUCCAAUACUGGCACUGCCCAGCCCCUGCCCACCUAAGGAGGUAUAUACUCCCUUCAUCAAUUAGGAAAUCCUAUAAAACUGUCAGAAUUCCAUCGUUAGAUGUUGCAGGAAAUGGCUGAAAUGCUUUAGGUGACUUCACCACCAUUGCUCUGGGACAUUAAUUUUAUUUGCACUCAGCAACGGGUUUCACCCCUCUGUGAGCUCAGGCAGUUUGCAGCACACAGAUGCAGGAUGCUUUUGCAGCGUAGUGAGUAUUAGUUAAUUAUUGCAUUGAGUUGCACAGUGCCCAUGCACACUUGGAACAAUAGCUGGAGCUUGACAAGGCUGUUUUUAUUUUCUUUGACAGAGCGUUUAUCACUUCACCUUGUAGCAAUGGGAGAAAGGAUGGUUGCGGAGGCCUUAAUUAAUGCAAUAAACUAAGGGAAUGUGUCGUACUACUAAUACGAUUUUUUUUUUACAUAAACGAUGAUUAGUUGAGUGAACUUUUGUCUGAGCUCGGCUACUGUGAACUAGACUGGGUUAGACAGCACUCAUCUGACUUUUGAAGGGCCUGAGCCGCUUCUCAUGUCCAUUAAGUGUAAACAGUGUGUAACUGCAUCAUCAGCCUGGAAGAAGGAGUUGGGAGUGGCAGCAGCUGUGAAGGCUGGUGAGAGGUAAGGUUUGAGAAGGCUGGACAGAAAAAGUGACGCCUCUGUGGUUGUGGUUGGCUUGCAAUUAGGAAGCCCUGGGAACUAUUGUUAUCGCAGCAAAUGGGAGAUUAUGCUCUUAGUAAGAUUAAACACUCAGUGGGUACAUACCCAGAAGCUCAGGGGCGAGAUGUCAUGUGUGCAAAGUAUAGCUUCCCAAUAUAACCCCUUCCCAAAUGUAUUUUCCAGUGUCACCCAUGUGGACAUCCUUUGCUCUUCCAAGUGGCCGCUGUAUAAGAGAACUGUACAGGGCUCUUUUAAGGAGAAAACAAAUGGGAUUAUUUAUUUCUUUUAAUUUAUUUUGUCAUAUUUUUGUAAAAUCUGCCAACAUAAUAA